CCUAAGCUUAUCCACUCACUGUGCACAAAGUGCCCACCAUGACAUCGCCAGCGCCCCGCUGAGCCGUGACCUGAUGAACCCGGAGAGUCCGCCAUACUUCCAAUCGUUGCUUCUCUCCAAUGUGCAACUAAACUCGUUUUCACACAACACCUUGACCGCUGCCAUUGCUGAAGGCGCAAGCUGUAGCUUCUUCGUCUCGCCUCAUUGAUCUCACGCGACCAUUGUCCAGACUUGACCAGUUGUAUAUCGUUUUCGACAUCUUCAUCGCAAAGAUGGAGUCCGCCGAUGAUAAGAAAUGGGCCACACAGUAUCUCCUCGAUCCUCUUAACGCGCCCGAUCCGUCUCAAGAAGACGGUCCUGGCAAUUCUUUCCGUGGCGGCGCAUCCACCACUCCAGUCAAGUCACCCCAGCCGGAAAGAUCAUCACCAGGACGGAGACUGUCAAAGCACAAUCCCAACAAUCCAUAUCGCAAGGGGUCAUUCUCUACUGUAAACACCAACGAAAUCAACAGAAGUGCCUCGCUGCAUACCAAAAGCAAUAGCAACUCCGGAGCAUAUCCAUCGCCUCCGCCAUCUGGGAACUCUCCAAACGGCAGGUUCCCUUCGCCGCAGCAGUCUCCUCGCUCACCAAGCCACCGACAGGAGGCAUUUGGUGGGCAACAAACUGGCCGUAGAAGGGCAUCCUCUCUCACGGAGCGUUACCCUGGCGAUAAAUCGCAUCGACCACUGGAUCAGUUGGCCAAAGAGAAGUACAUUGCCGACCGCGCACGCCACGCCACCAGAAAACAUCAUAUUCAGCCAGACACGAUCGACAACUUAGACCGUAGCGGAGGUACUUCAUGGCACCAUGGAGGACCCUAUGAUGCGACCUUGUUUGCCAGAAACAACUCGACCAAUUCCCCCUUAGCAGCCGUCGCUGACUCGAACCUGGAGGCCUUGAAAGCUACUCCGAAGGAGAGAAUUGUCGACAGUGUCAGAGGUCAUCGACCUCUAGACGGAGUGGCCCUUUAUGCUCCGGGCAACUCCGACCGCAUGGGCAAUGUGUACAACUACGAAGAAGGUGAAAACAUGAUGACCGAAGGGAGACCUGAAGGUGGUGCUUAUAAGCGGUGGCCUGGCAUUCAAUAUCUGCCAGAAGAUAUCAAGGGCAAAGGAGAACCCAGCUACAGCAUCGAAAAAGCUCUUAAGGAGCACCACAUCGGCGAGGAGUCGAAGGCUGAAGGAGAUGAGGGCAUUGAGCUGCAAAGCCGGCAUCGUAGCUCUUCCGGCGCGGUGCCACCAAGCAGCUGGAACGACGGCGAAGGUCAAACAGUAGGCCGAAGUGGAAGUCUCAGGAGGUUGAGCGGCGGCUUGAAGAGGAGAUUUGGCAGCGUCAGCAAGAGGAAGUCAUCAGGACAGGGAGAAUUCUAAGAUCUCUUUUGUUACAUGUUGAUAUGAUUGGAUAUAUUUGGCUAUUUUCAUUGUGCUCUAAUAGGUCGUCGUUGGAAAUUCUGGUUGGGGGAAAACACUGGUCAACAGCAGAACAAACAUU